AUAUAUAUAUUCAAAGUGUUCUUUGAUCUAAUUUGUUAAUGUAUAUCUAAAUUCAUGUCAUGUCUGAAUAUUCAAUGAACCUGAAAACACCAUUAUGACACACUUUUUAGAUAUUAUAUAUGAGAAUUUAAAUUGGGCAUUGAUAAGCUCAUUUUACAUAAGCCUUUGUAUUUAUAAUGCAUAAUAAUCUUUUUCAGCGAACAUUUGUCUUCAAGUUUUUGGCAGCAGUGGUCUCAAGCGUGGAUGAAGUAACAGUCAAAAGACACCUAACCCGAAUUUUGACUCCUCUAUGUCGAGAGGUCACUGAGAAUUCUUGUCCAACAGAUACAAGCAUCAAGGAUUUGGCACGCCAAGUAUUAGAAGUAGUUAGUGGCAUCGUGGGAACACAGAUCUUCACUGAGACUUAUUCCCAAGUGCAAAGCUUUGUAAUGAUGAGAAGAACCGAGAGAAAGCGGGCCUUUGCAGCUGAGGCAGUGACAAAUCCAGAGAAAUUUGCUCGCAAAAAGAUGAAGGCACAGGCCAACAAGAAAAAGAGAAAAGUGUCAGCAUUACUCAGAAACUCAAAAAAAGCCAAGCAAAGCAAGAUUGUUUGACAGUUGUUCUAUUGUAAAUACCAUUGUACAUAGAUUUUUAUUGAAAAGAAUUAAAGAAUCUGAUUUUUUAAAUAA